CAACCACCUCAGCAGCAGUACGGAGGUGGUCCCCCUCCCCAACAGUACGGUGGCCCAGGGGGUGGUGCCCCACCACCAGUUCAGGCUGGUCCUGCAGAGAUUCAGGGCUACAAGCAGCUCCUCAUAAGCUGUAUUCAGGAGAAGCAGCUCCAGAACUUCUACCCUCCCAACUCACCUAUCAUCGAUCAAAUUGCUCAGAAGGCACCAUCCCUCAUCAACCAGGUCAUUCAGCGCUGGCGCGUGGCUAAGGAGAUCGCCAACGAUGUCGUCAAGCUUGCUCUGUACGAUAUCGUUCUGUACAUUGAUGACAGUGGUUCCAUGCAGUUCGAGGAGGAGGGAAGUCGUAUUAAGGACUUGCGCCUCAUUCUCGACCGCGUUGCAUUCGCCGCCACGUUGUUCGAUCCCGAUGGCAUUUCCGUCCGCUUCAUGAACACCGACCUUAGCCAACAGCGCGACCAGAGCGGCCGUCCUCUCCAGGACGGCAUCGCCAACGAGGGCCAGAUUGAAGCCAUUAUGCGUGGCGUUCAAUUCAAGGGCCUCACCCCCAUGGGAACCGCUCUCCGCAGGAAGGUCAUCGACGACAUCGUCUUGAACCAGGCCCGAAAUGGCACGCUCAAGAAGCCCGUCUUGGUAAUCACCAUCACUGACGGCCAGCCCGCUGGCGAGCCCCAGAACGCCGUCUUCGAAACCAUCAACUACGCAUACGGCGAGCUUGCGCGUACCCGCUAUGGAAAGGGCGGUCUCGCCUUCGAGUUUGCGCAGGUCGGAAACGAUGAGAUGGCCAAGAAGUUCCUUGGAAAGCUUGAUGAGGACCCUGCUGUCGGGCCAAUGGUCGAUUGCACAUCCAACUUCGAGAACGAGCAAGAAGAGAUGAUGCGCGCUAACCCACCUGUCGACCUGACACCUGAUCUAUGGAUCGUCAAGUUGCUUCUCGGAGCUAUCGAUGCCUCAUACGAUUCCAAGGACGAGAAGUCCAACCCUCCUCCUGCCGGAGGCUACGGUGGACCUGGUGGACCAGGUGGACCUGGUGGAUACGGACCCCCUGGUGGCCAGCAAGGCGGUUACGGAGGUCCUCCUCCAGGCCAGUAUGGCCAGCCCCAGCAAGGCUACGGCCAGCAACCCCAGUACGGCGGACCUCCCCCAGGUCAAUAUGGUCAGCCUCCUCAAGGCCAGUACCAGCAGAGGCCUCCUCAGGGCGGACCUGGAGGACCCGGAGGCCCUGGAGGUUAUCCUGGCCAGCAAGGGUACGGUGGCCCCCCACCACCUCAAAGGUACUAG